AGGAAGCCGUUGCGACCAGUUCAUUAGACAUGUUCAGGAGGGAGCUGAAUGUGGCACUUGGCUGUUACAGAAAUCAAGGGGUACACUGUAGAGAGAAAGCGAAUGGGACAUUGCAGCACUAAUUUUCUACGUUUCUAAAAUCAAAAUACUGUGGAUGCUAGAAACCUGAAAUGCUGGAAAAACUCGGCAGGUUUGGUAACUCUGGUAACAUUUCGAAUCCAGAAAGAAGAAAUCAUACAAGAGUUAAGAAAAGCUCCUCCUCUCCUGACGUCAACGUUGGAAGCGACCGAGACGCCUGUUGCCGUAGAAACUGUAACAGGUGGCCGUGUUGGGAACUGGCAGAAAAAUAAUCGGAAGCAUUUCACAUCGAGUGGAAAAAGGAUGAGCAACGGGAUCUUCUUACAUGCCCCACCAGUUAGCAGGGACCGAAUCAUUUCCAAAUUUCCCAAGUGUUACAUACCUGAAGCCUGUCUCCAAUUUAAAGAUCAGUUCCACAUUCAAGUUAAAAAUGCCUGCCACGAGCGACAAACCAGAAAUGUUGGACUCAAAAUGUCAAAGGUGGUGAUGGUUGGGGACCUCUAUGUGGGGAAAACAUGUCUUAUUAAUAGAUUUUGUAAAAAUGUGUUUGACCGAGACUACAAGGCUACAAUUGGAGUUGAUUUUGAAAUUGAGCGGUUUGAAGUUGGUGGAAUUCCAUACAAUCUACAAAUUUGGGACACAGCGGGGCAGGAGAAAUUCAAAUGUAUUGCCUCUGCAUAUUAUCGAGGUACUGAAGUCAUUAUAGUAGCCUUUGACUUGGCUGACAUCCAAACUCUGGAACACACAAAACAGUGGCUAGAGGAUGCACAAAUGGAAAAUGAACAGGGUUUAAGUACCAUAUUUCUUGUUGGCUGCAAGAAAGACGUAUUGUCGCAGGCUGAAUAUGAACGAACAGAAGCUGAUGCCAUUAAGAUAGCUACUGAGAUGCAAGCAGAGUAUUGGGCUGUGUCUUCUAAAACGGGUGAAAAUGUCAGAGAAUUCUUCUUCAGAGUGGCAGCCUUGGCAUUUGAAGCAUCUUUACUGAAAGAUCUGGAAAGAAAAGACUUUCCCCGUGCAAAGAUUGGUGAGGAUAACACAAUCCGAAUGGAUAAAGUUACAGCUGGGUACUCGGAAAGCAGGAUCAAUUCCACCACUGGCUGCUGCUGAAGUUAAAUAUACAGUCUUUCGUAACACUGGUCAAUCCUCUAUUUGGUUCAUUUACCAUAGUAUUGGCAAGCAUAAUACACGGACUGCAGCCUGAUGGCGAGUUGAGUUCAGAUGGUUUAUGUAAAUAGAAAAACCUACAAUAACUAGAAACUCCAUAACACCAGGACUCUGAACAGAAAUUGAGUUUUGGGUUGAAGUGGGCCUUUUAGAAAGAAUAUUAAUAAUUUUUUAGGGUAAAGGACAAAUUGUAUUGAUUUAAUAAAAAUGUACAAAACAAAAUUAUCUGAGAUAAAUGCCACUGAUUGGUGUUAUUUAUUAAUUUGGAUUAAGGAUUAUUUAGUUGCUAAUACCACUAAUGUCAAACACUUCAGUGUGCCUUAAUGCCUCUAAAAAUCAUUUUUUUCUAAGUUACCCUUGUGUGAAACAGUAGUCAUUUUGCUAAAUUGAUCAAGGUCCUUGAGAUCAUUGUGUGUUGUUUUUGUAAAAUAUGAGCAUAUCAUUUUUCGUUAUUAACAAAACUAUUUCAAUGAUCAGGGUCCAAAACUGGAACUCUGAAGAUGUCAAGGGAUCUUUAACAUUUUUUGGGGUGAAGACAAGUGAACAUUGAAAGUAAAUGGAACUAUUAAUUAUUAAGCAAUCCUAAUCUUCAGUCCCCAGUGCUGGCAUUAAUCUUUUGUGGUCAGUCUUUUAGGAAUUUCCUGUUUAAUGUACCAAAUGUGAUUAGAGUUUAGAGUUAAGAGAUUAUGGCAUGUAAGAGGUCUAUGUCUGUGACUGAUAAGGUAGUCAAAGGUUGAUGCCUUUUCCUCUUCAAUGAUAAAUCCUAAGCUUUAUCCUUGCAUCUAGGAGAACUGUUAGGGAGAUCUGGGCUGUUCUACAUGAAGGAGGAGAGAGAAAUCCCAAAUUAGGAGGAGGUAGCUUGAAUUGUUCUUCUGGCUAGUUGCUUAAUUAAAGAAUGACUUUGAUAGAAAUAUUGGAUUUUUUUUCUUUUUGCAAUGAACGCAUAGAAUAAGAUUUGAAAACAUAUCAUAGAAGCAUAGAAUCCCAGGCCAGCAUAAAUCUGAGGCACAAAGGCUGUUUUAGUUGACACUGAUAGAGUUUUAUCCAAAAUAUUGCUGUGUUAACUCCUCCACUGAAUUCAAUUUAUGCUGCUUAGUCAGACAAAUUAGAGAAGAGAACAGGCUUGCUGAUCUGUUUUCCUCAUAGCCCUGCCCCAACGCAAAAAACACACACACACACACACACACACACACACACACACACACACACACAAAGAGUUCUGUCCUCUGAAUCUAGAUUGAUCUGUUGACACUGCCAAACCUCCAAGGGGUGACCUGAGUAACAAUGUGAUUCCAGACAAGAUUUGGAUUCUGGUCCAAAUUGUGCAAUGUUCCCUCCCUAUGUCACUACCAAUGUCUUUGGACUUGUGUUCAGACAUUUACCUCUGAUUUGAUUGAUGCUAAAUUCAAAGGUAACACCCUUUCAGUAAAGGGUAGUGAGUUGUAUCUAUGUACAUUUAUCUUCAAGGACAUCAGGUGCUGUGUGUAUGUAAGGCUGAAACACCAACUGUCAGUUACUCUGACUGAAUGUGCAUGACAGUGACAUUAUUUGGUCUGCUGUUAUGUUUAUUUUAUGACUUAUAUUUUAAAUAAACUCAGUCACAAAAUUAA